AUGCAGGAGAUUGCAAAUAGCAUUGUGUUGACAAAGCCAUUCACGUUAAGAACCGAUUCUGAUUCAGAGGAAAAUUACAGUGCUCCCAAUCUUUUGCAACGUAUUUUAAGUCUUCUUAAGAAUGUGCGGCCAGGAUCUGAUCUCACACGUUUUCAGCUACCACCAUUAUUCAAUUUUCCAAAGUCACAACUUCAAUGCUAUGGCGAAUCUGUAUAUUCCACAUCUUCAGAUUUACUAAGCAAAUGCAAUACUGGAUUAACUCCAAUUGAAAGACUCAUAUCUGUCGUAACAUGUAGCAUAUCGACCACGCGCCCUCCGAUUUUCGGUCUGGCUCCUUACAAUCCUGUUCUCGGCGAGACUCAUCAUGUUUCCAAGGGAAAUCUCAAUGUCCUACUUGAACAGGUUGCGCACCAUCCUGCUGUUUCUGCUCUCCAUGCAACUGAUCAGAAGGAAAACAUCGAGAUGAUAUGGUGUCAGUAUCCUGUCGCGAAGUUCAACGGUACUUCGGUGGAGGCGCGGGUGCACGGGAAGAGGAGACUGAAGCUUCUUAAUCAUGGAGAGACAUAUGAAAUGAAUUCGCCAAAUUUGUUUAUAAGGAUUCUUCCGGUUCCGGGAAUUGAUUGGGUCGGGAAUGUGAAUAUCAGGUGUGUAGAAACAGGUCUCGCGGCGGAGUUAUGUUAUAUAAGUCAAUCUUUCUUUGGAUUUGGUGGAAGUAGAAGAGUCAUAAAAGGGAAGAUUAUUGAUUCAUUGACAUCUAAGAUUCUAUAUAAGGUUAAUGGUCAUUGGGAUAGUACUGUAACAUUGAAGGAUACAAAUAAUGGAGAAGAAAGAGUGAUCUAUGAUGCUAGCGAAGUCAUUACAAGACUUCAAACUCCCACCGUUAAGGAUGCAGAGAGUGUGUGGCAAACUGAAUCAGCUCUGAUAUGGAGUAAGUUAAGCCAGGCCAUCUUAAACAAAGACUGGGAAAAAGCAAGAGAAGCAAAGAAAUGUGUGGAAGAAAAACAAAGGGAGGAAUUGAGAGAAAGAGAGUCCAAAGGAGUAACUUGGGUUCCUAAACAUUUCAUCAUUUCUCAAACCAAAGAAGGGGAUUGGGACUGUUCACCCAUUCAAAAGUGGGUCCCACCCUCUCCUAUUGUUACAUUGUAA